ACCGGGCGGGCAUUUGGGCGGCUGCGGACGGUGUGCUGGUCGCGAUGUCUCGCUCCGUGGUAGCCUUCGCCCUGCUGGCGCUGCUUUCUCUGCCUGCCCUGGACGCUGUCGAGCGUUCGCCAAAGGUGCAGGUUUACUCACGGCACCCAGCAGAGGAUGGAAAGCCAAAUUUCCUGAACUGCUAUGUGUCUGGAUUUCAUCCACCCCAGAUUGAAAUUGAAUUGUUAAAGAAUGGAAAGAAGAUGGAAAACGUGGAACAAUCAGACUUGUCUUUCAGCAAUGACUGGUCUUUCAAUACCCUGGUCCACACUGACUUCAUCCCCAAUAGCAAGGAUGAACUCGCCUGCCGAGUGAAUCACACCACUCUCCAUAAGCCCCAGGUCGUUGUGUGGGAUCGAAACCUGUAACCAGCAUGAUGCAGGUUUGAAGAUGCCUCAUUUGGACGAUACUAAUUUUUAAAAAUUGCAUUUUUUUCUUUUUAAUAUUGAUAUGCUUGUAUACUUCAUGCACAAAAUUUAGGCAGUUAUAAGGAUAACAACAGACAUUGUCUUCUUUAUAAUUCUAUGUUGGGCACUGUCUCUAUGUUUGGGGUAUGUAGCACUAGGAGGGCUGGCAACUUAGAGGUGGUACAGGUGAGGUAUAGAAAAAGGAAGUGAGGAGAGAAUUCUCAUGUCCAACAUCAACAUCUUGAUCAACUCUGAACUUUGUAAUCGCUUCUGCACACAAAGUAGGAUAAUAAGACAGGCAUGUUUAAGUUAACUUCUAAUUUGCUAACUCUGCUUAGAAUUUGGGGAAAAUUUUGAGAAAUAUAAUUGAAAGGAUUAUUGGAAAUUGUUUAUAAUAGGCUAAACAUUUUCUCACAUAAAAUUCAUAUUUACUUCUGUUAAAGAGGGACAUGUUCAUACCUAUUUUGACUUCAUUAAUUAAACCACCAGUAAAUCUUCA